AUGGCAGAGUCUCUGUGUGAUACCUGCAAGCAAUUCGCAAAAGAGUUUGCUGACAUUGACGUUGAAGAGUCGAUUCCCCGUCGCACAAUUGCACCGAAUGUCUACAAACUCAAAGAAUCAGCACAGAGCGGCUGUCCUCUGUGCCAAAUCAUAUUCCAGUCCUUUUGUUAUCAGGUUUCAAAAUUCAAUUGGGCUGAGACUUUGGCUAUCCAUAUUUCGGCUUACAAGGUUCUCCGUCAUUACAAAGCGGUUAUAGCUGAAGGACAAGAUCCAAAAGAGCCAAAGGUUUGGUGCGGUAUUGGAACAGACAUAGGCCACAGUCGAUGGCACCCCCUGCCACUUGUCACGGAUGAGGAUGAAGCAGCAGGAAUUAGAGGACCGAUCUUGCGCAAUACAAGAUCAAUAGCAGACUUAUCAUCAGCCGAGGGCGUUGAGAAGGCUGUUGCAUUGGCCAACAGGUGGAUACACAGCUGUUCAGCGAACCAUGAAAAAUGUAGUAUGCAGCCUGAGGGUUUAGACCCAAUCAAGACGAUACCGACAAGACUCAUCGACGUUGGCUCCAGUGAUGGGGCAGUUUCGCCAAAGAUAGUCAUCACAAACCACUCAUUCGAUACUGAGUAUCUUGCUCUGAGCUAUGCAUGGGGAUCAGGUCACAAUUUUGCCAAAACGACAGCAUCCAAUCUGGUGGAGAUGACAGAAAUUCUACCAUGGGAUGACCUUGCAGAGACCAGUGAAGGACCAGAUGACCAGCGGCACAAAGUCGACUGGUCUUAUGAGGCAGCGAGGUUCGGACAAUACUACGAAAACGCCACCUUGACCAUCGCAGCCAGCGGUGCCAUAUCAUCCCAGCAAGGACUAUUCCUCGACAGGCCUGCACUUGAAUUCGAUCCGCGACCCGUGACGCUGACAAUCAACAAGAUCUCCGGCAGCACCUCACACCUUGAGGUUCAUCCAGCGUCCCCUUCAUGGGAGCUGAGUAUCCAGAAUGUUCCGCUUCUUACCAGAGGAUGGGCUAUCCAAGAACGAGUACUAUCAAAAAGAAUACUCCAUUUCGGCGGCAGCUGUUUGCUGUGGGAAUGCUGUGAACUUAAAACUACAGAGGCAAACCCCAGUAGCCAAGAACCCAAUAUUUACGGCUAUAGAAACGAAGAGUUCGUUUCAGUUUUUAGAAACCUGGAUAAUCAACAGCAAGAUGAUCUUAUAACCCUAUGGUACCAAUUUGUCGAGGUUUAUUCUGGAACAAACUUCUCUUUCUAUAGAGAUAAGCUCCCUGCGCUGUCCGGUAUCGCGAAGAGAAUCCAAUGUCGUUUUCCACAAGAUUACAUAGCAGGAAUUUGGGGGUCUUCUAUCCCUCAGGGACUGCUUUGGAUAGGCUGGGGAGGACAAGAGCCUGAAGCUGACCCGUUGCGUGGAACAGAUCGACCCUCGUGGUGUUGGGCCUCCCCUCCUCAUCCGAUCACAUUUCUGCCAAUCAUGACUUACUACAAAGAAAGAUAUUUAACCCUCCAAGUGAACUCGUGGUCGGUUAGGACAAACGGACCUCAGACAUCAGGCCAGAUUCUCGAAGGGAGUGUAACUAUUCGUGGUCCUGUCAAGUCAUUCAACCUCUACGAUCUGAACUUGGAUUUUGUUUUUGGUCCCCAUGCUUAUGACAGGCAAGGGAACACAAUCAAGAGCGAAGCUGCGCACGGUAUCAGGAAGCCAGAGGAUCGUAUUGCAUACUUGGAUUAUACCAACUUCUUGGGAGCCGUUAAUCGGAGUUACACUUGCAUUUUGGUAGCGAAGCUGCUCCCGUCAAUGUGGACACCCGAAGAAAAGAGAGUGAUCGGGGCCGCGCUGAUCCUGGAGGCCACAGACCGUGUUGGAGAUGUCGAUCAGUAUAAGCGAAUUGGUGUGCUUUGUCUUCCGUAUGAGCAGUAUUGGGCCAAUGUUCGGGACAGCAAAACGGUUGAGCUUGCCUAG